UGCUUGUCGUAAGAAAAAUUUAGCUGUCUGUUUUCUGCUCUCUGGCUCUCUCUCGACACGGCCGCUCUCCUCACUGUUUAUGGUUUAUGUAUAUAUGUCCACCUCAUCUGAAACGAGAUAGCCCUUGAGGACCAGGUAACUAUACUUAACAUGUCAGAUGCAGAGCAACAAACAGAUGAACAAGAAGUUCUUAUGUCAAUUUACGAUGGAGAUCCAUCUUUCAAGCAAUUGUCACCUACAGUCUAUCAGUACAAAUACGGCGAAGAUGGCGCUUCAAGAUCAUUUGUCAUAGAAAUUUCGUGGGGUCCAACAUAUCCUACUGAGAAACCAGCCAUUAACAUGGAAACAUUUUACAAUAGAAAUUUACUUCCACCUGUGAAAGAAGCAAUAGUUAAACACACAGAAUCAGAAGCUGAAGAAUAUUUAGGAAUGCCUAUGACUUUUACAAUCUUUGAAUCUAUCAAAGAAAAGUUGGACGAUCUUUUGAAGGAACAGCCCGAAUCAUUGCAGUCAGUUACUGCAUCAAUGGAAAGGGUUCAACUUGGAGCAUGCAGCCUAGAGACAGAAAAGAAAGAAAAGAAAGAGCAGCUGACCAAGGCCCAAAAACGAAGACAGUGGGAUAGGGCAACAGAUUCUAAAGGACAAAAAGCAAGAGGUUGGGACUGGGUUGAUGUUGUAAAACACUUAUCUCAGACACCAAGGCCAGAGACUGGAGGGACCUAAGUAAUUUACAUUUGAAGAUAUUUUCCCCUAUUUCUACUAUCCAUUCCCUGCAGGACAGGCUAUUUUAUGAAAUUACAGUGGUGUGGUGUUCUGGUAAUAUACAAAUUUUAAAGUUUC